AUGGGAGUUCCAAAGACGCAGCCAGCCACUCCACCGGCAACUCAGUCGUCCGGACCAUCGGAAACCCUGGCCCGUGGCAUCCGUGCCAUCUUCAUCGGACCACCAGGUUCUGGAAAAGGAACCCAAGCCCCUGCCUUUGCGGAGAAGUACUUCUCAUGCCAUCUGGCUACCGGUGUGUUCUUUUUUCCGCUCAAAGCUUCAAAUAUUGAUUUUGCAGGUGACCUGCUCCGCGCCGAGGUUUCCUCGGGCUCCGAGUUCGGAAAGGAACUGAAAGCGACGAUGGACGCUGGAAAGCUGGUCAGCGAUGAGGUGGUUUGCAAGCUGAUCGAGCAUAAACUGGAGAAGCCAGAGUGCAAGUACGGAUUCAUCUUGGAUGGCUUCCCGCGCACGAGUGGACAGGCCGAGAAGGUAGACGAUGGCGUGUUUGUGCUCUAUGCGCUCGUCAAGUAAUCACUCGAGCAAACUGAUAACGAACAUCACUAAUUCGAGGUUUUUGGCGGCAAAAGACAAAUUAUGAGAAUGCUGGAAAGAACAUUUCGAAAACGCUCAAUUGUUUUCAGCUCGACGAUCUGCUGGAGCGCAGGAAGACGCCGUUGGACACUGUCGUCGAGUUCAACAUUGCCGAUGACCUGCUCGUCCGUCGCAUCACCGGCCGUCUUUUCCACAUCGCUUCCGGUCGCAGCUAUCACCUAGAGUUCAAGCCUCCGAAGAUUCCGAUGAAGGACGACAUAACCGGCGAAGCUCUUAUUCGUCGUUCCGAUGAUAACGAAGAGACUCUGCGAAAACGACUCGUUCAAUAUCACCAGAUGGUAGUGCGCAAAAGUUUUGAACCGUUUUGAAAGCUCAUUUGUAGACUGUUCCGCUUGUCGAUUAUUACAAGAAGCACGGAAUCCACGUUGCCGUCGACGCCGCGAAGCCAAUGAGCGACGUUAAGGCCAAGAUCGAUCAGGUGUUCGCCAAGUUUACCCAGAAGAAGGUAUGAAGAUCAGCGCGAGAUUAUAUUGCAAACAAAGAUUAGAAUCUACUUGAAACCAAGAAAAAUUCAAACAUCCUUUCGAACGACGUCUUUUCAGGACCGCGUCGCUUUCGUCUAA